AUGCUACUCCCACGCUGGUCCGGGCAGCAGAUCGUUGUGAUGGCAGGCAAAAGGAAGUCUAGUCUUCUGGAAAGCGGCCCACCCUGUCCGCACUCCGAGUUCCAUCCACCACAGGGCGGUCGCCCUCGGCAGUCUGGUGACGAUGAGAAAGGCCGUUCCACCGGCGCUGCCAAAAUUCAACAGCCACCCUGGGGAGGCCUCCUCCAGCUGCUUUGCUUGACUUCAAGCCCGACAAAGACUGUCUCGGAAGAUGCUGCAUCACCUGUACUUCUGCUUUCGCUUCCACGGGCCGCUAUCUUCGGCGCAUCUGCCUCCGCACGGGUAGGGAGCGGCUUGUGA